AUGGCCUAUCCAGGCCCCAGCUCCCCGGGAGGCUACAAUGACGGCCACCGGCUGCAAGACAUGACUCCCUCUGCAAGUCAAUACCAUCUGCCGCAAGAGGACGAGUCUUCCCGCUCGCUUCUCAACCAAAACCAGGGGCCCUACGGUGGUCCCUUUGACGACCCCCAGCAACGCGGCCACUCGCCCGUCAGGCCCUCCUCCAAGUACAGUCUGACCGAAUCUUACUCGACUGAUGCUCCCACCAUGGCCCAGUACCCACAGGACCAGAUGCAGAAUCCGGCUGCCGGUUUUGGUGUGCCCGGACGCGUUCCUUCGCCCUACACCCGCAGCGAGACUUCCUCCACCGAGGCCUGGCGCCAGAGACAGGCUCCCCAGCAGGGGAACCUGCGCCGAUAUGCUACCAGGAAGGUCAAGCUGGUUCAGGGCUCUGUGCUGAGUAUUGACUACCCGGUGCCUAGUGCCAUCCAGAACGCCGUUCAGGCCAAGUACAGAAACGACCUCGAGGGCGGCAGCGAGGAGUUCACCCACAUGAGAUAUACUGCGGCAACUUGCGAUCCCAACGAGUUCACCCUGCACAACGGCUACAAUCUACGUCCAGCCAUGUACAACCGUCACACUGAGCUGCUCAUUGCCAUCACUUACUACAACGAAGACAAGGUGCUUACUGCCCGUACCCUACACGGCGUCAUGCAGAACAUCAGAGAUAUCGUCAACCUGAAGAAGUCCGAGUUCUGGAACAAGGGCGGUCCUGCCUGGCAGAAAAUCGUCGUCGCUCUGAUCUUCGACGGCAUCGAUCCUUGCGAUAAGGACACCCUCGAUCUCCUGGCCACCGUUGGUAUCUACCAGGACGGCGUCAUGAAGAAGGACGUCGAUGGCAAGGAGACCGUUGCUCACAUUUUCGAAUAUACCACCCAGCUCUCCGUGACUUCGAACCAGCAGCUCAUCCGGCCGCACGACGACAGCCCCUCGACUCUCCCACCUGUCCAGAUGAUGUUCUGCUUGAAGCAGAAGAACAGCAAAAAGAUCAACUCCCACAGAUGGCUCUUCAACGCCUUUGGCCGUAUCCUCAACCCCGAAAUCUGUAUUCUUUUGGACGCCGGUACCAAGCCAGGCCCAAAAUCCCUGCUCGCCUUGUGGGAGGCCUUCUACAACGACAAGGAUCUCGGUGGAUCUUGCGGUGAGAUUCACGCUAUGUUGGGUAAAGGGUGGAAGAACCUCAUCAACCCCUUGGUCGCCGCACAGAACUUCGAGUACAAGAUCAGUAACAUUCUUGACAAGCCGCUGGAAAGUUCUUUCGGAUACGUCAGUGUGUUGCCCGGUGCCUUCUCGGCCUACCGGUUCCGUGCCAUUAUGGGAAGACCGCUGGAACAGUACUUCCAUGGUGACCACACCUUGUCCAAACAGCUUGGCCCCAAGGGUAUCGAAGGCAUGAAUAUUUUCAAGAAAAACAUGUUCUUGGCCGAAGAUCGUAUUCUCUGUUUCGAGCUCGUCGCCAAAGCUGGUUCCAAAUGGCAUCUUACUUACGUCAAAGCCUCCAAGGGUGAAACUGAUGUUCCCGAGGGAGCUCCCGAGUUCAUCGGUCAGCGACGUCGAUGGCUUAACGGUUCUUUCGCGGCUAGUAUCUACGCCCUCAUGCAUUUCGGCAGAAUGUACAAGUCUGGACAUAACAUUCUUCGCAUGUUCUUCUUCCACAUUCAAAUGCUUUACAACACAUUCACUGUCUUCAUGACCUGGUUCGCUCUAGCUUCGUACUGGCUUACUACUGCCGUCAUCAUGGACCUCGUCGGCAAUCCUGGCCCGUCCAAUUCUAACAGAGCAUUCCCAUUCGGCAACACGGUCACUCCUAUUAUGAACACCCUUUUGAAAUACGCAUAUCUCGGCUUCCUGCUACUGCAGUUCAUCCUGGCUCUCGGUAACAGACCCAAGGGUUCCAAACAUUCGUAUAUCACGUCUUUUAUCCUCUUCGGUGUCAUCCAGCUGUACAUCAUCAUUCUAUCCAUGUACCUUGUCGUUCGUGCCUUCACUGCUGGUUCAAGUCUAUCCUUCGACACCGAAAACGGCCCAGUCGAGUUUUUAAAAUCCUUCUUCGGCUCUACCGGUCCCGGUAUCAUCGUCAUCGCCCUCGCAGCCACCUUCGGUCUCUACUUCGUUGCCUCCUUCAUGUACUGUGACCCAUGGCACAUGUUCACGUCGUUCCCGGCGUACCUUCUCAUCAUGUCCUCGUACAUCAACAUUCUCAUGGUCUACGCUUUCAGCAAUUGGCACGAUGUUUCCUGGGGUACCAAGGGAUCCGACAAGGCCGAUGCCUUGCCUUCUGUGCAAACGACGAAAGAAGAUGGCAAAUCAGCAACAAUUGAAGAAGUCGACAAACCGCAGGCGGAUAUUGACAGCCAAUUCGAAAGUACCGUAAAGCGUGCGCUGACUCCUUACGUUGAACCCAAGACCGACGAGAAAAAGACCCUCGAGGAUUCGUAUAAGAGUUUCCGUACCCGACUUGUCUCCUCCUGGUUGUUUUCCAACGCCAUUUUGGCCGUCGCUAUUACAAGUGAUAACUUGAAGGCACUCGGAUUCACAUCACGAGCCACCGAGCGUACCAGUCGUUUCUUCCAGGCUCUUCUGUGGGCAACUGCGGCCCUCUCGCUCAUUCGAUUCAUUGGAGCAUGUUGGUUCCUUGGUAAAUCCGGUAUCAUGUGCUGUUUCGCACGAAGAUAG